AUGCCUUGCUUAUCAACUAGCCCUGUGUCAGAUCAGAGCUCUCUGCUAACAGUGGAGGGCUCUUCACCGCCAAAUAGUUACCCCUCAUCAUCAGCGAGGGGUAAUCCCCUGAAACAGCCAAUUACAGAGAUUCGGGAGACUCCGCCAAGAAGUUCAAGUCAUGCAACCUACUAUAGCCAGGCUAGCCCAGACCUGAGUCAACCAGAAUUACCACCGCUGAAGCGGAACUUUGCGACGAAGUUGGCGAGACGAACAGAUACUGGCCAACCACCAACCAUUGCACGGAAAGAUCAGCUGAACUUCGCGCCAAAGAAGCAGCUAAAAGCUGCUCGAAAAAAGCCCGUCCAGAUCACUAAACGCCAGAAAGUUCGUAGAUAG